AUGAAAAUUGUUCGAUAAAAAAUAUUUUGAUUAUUUAUAAGUAAAAUGUUUAGUGCUAUUAACAAAAUAUUUGGAAUAAAAAUGAAGAGCGCGUUAGUGAUAAUAUUUAUAUUUUCUUCGGUUUUAGCGGAUGGAGAUGAUCCAAUUGUUCAGCUGAACGAAGGUAAAAUACGUGGACAUGUGUUACAAAGUUACGGUGGUCAGGAUUAUUACGCGUUUCAAGAAAUUCCGUAUGCAGCUCCUCCUGUAGGAAAAAAUAGAUUUCAGCUUCCUAAAUCGCCUGAAGCUUGGGAAGGGACUCUUGAUACAACAAGGAAUACCAAAGUUUGCCAACAGCACAACACAUAUUCCUUGAACAAGACUGAAGAUUGUUUAUAUUUAAAUGUUUACUCUCCUGUUAAACCAGGAAGUGACGAGAGGUUACCGGUGUUGUUCUGGAUUCAUGGCGGAGGAUUGAAUUGGGGAUCUGGAACAUAUAAUGAUUACGGUCCUAAAUAUAUAAUGGAUUAUAAUGUGGUUGUUGUUGCUAUUAACUACAGAUUGUAUGCAUUUGGGUUCGCCUCAACUGAUGACGAUGUUAUUCCGGGAAAUCUUGGACUUAAAGAUCAAAGAUUUGCUCUCGAAUGGGUUAACAAAUAUAUUCAUCUCUUCGGAGGCGAUCCGAAUCACGUAACUAUCGCAGGAGAAAGUUCCGGUUCUGCUGCAGUUGGACUUUUAGUUAUGGGAAAUUGGAAUGGAGACAAAGAACUAUUCCAUGCGGCUAUAAUGGAAAGCGGGUCGAUGAUUGGUGGUACUUUGCAAAAAAAUGCGAAAGAAAAUAUUAUCGGUCUAGCAAAAUAUUUAGAUCCUUCGUUUACAUCUGAAAAAUCUGAAGAUAUUUUGGAAUUGUUACAAAAUGCUUCCGCAGAAGACAUAUUAGCGGCUAAUAGAAACUAUAGUAACAUGAUAGAAAAAACUGGUUAUUACUCACUUUUACCUCUACAAAGUUUCAUGGAUGCUGAUUUCAAAAAAGUUCCUCUUAUGAUUGGUUUUAAUUCAGAAGAAUGGAUUAGUUAUGUUGUUAACAAAGGAAAUACAGACUUAUUGGAAGGUUUAGAUAAUGAUCCCAGUCGAUUGGUACACCCUAAUUUAAAUAUGUCUCCAGAAAAUAGAACUAUAGCUGGACGUCUGUUGAAAAAAGUUUAUACGAAUCAAACAUUUAUGGAAGAUUUCGCAGCUUAUAUAAGAUGGAGCAGUGAUCAAUCAUUUUCAACGCCAACGGGUAAACAGAUUGAAUUGGGAUCAGUCCACGCACCUUAUUACGUGUAUCAAUUUUCUUACAAGGGAGAGCUGGGAGGUAAAAUGGACGACAUGUACAUCGUACCAGGGGCCGAACGAGUUGCUCAUAUGGAAGAUCUUCAUUAUUGGUGGGAAUUUUCCAACAAUAACGAUAUUUCCAUAUUUCCGGAUGAAGAUCAAUUAAUGAUGCGUCGGUUUCUGACGCUUUGGACAAAUUUUAUCAAAUACUAUAAUCCAACACCGGAACCGGAUCCGCUACUAGACAAUAUCAUUUGGCCACUAUCCAACCCUGACACUUUAACGUACUUAAACAUUAAUGACACGUUCGAAGUUAGGGAAAAUCCAAGGGUGUAUCGAUUUGUAAAACCGAUUUUCGAAAAAUACAUGGAACCCCCAUACGUUUCUUUUGUUUUGAAAAUGUUGUUCCCGGCUUUGUGUGCAAUUAUAUUUUUAAUAAAUCCUGUAAUUUCAGACGAUGGGACCGUAGUAACUAUAUCCAAUGGAAAAAUUAGAGGACACAUAUUGAAAAGUGGAAACGGUGAAGAUUAUUACGCUUUCCAAGAAAUCCCUUAUGCGACACCUCCAUUAGGCAAAAAUAGGUUUCAGUUGGCAAAGGAACCGGAGAACUGGGAAGGGAUUUUAAAUACAACAAAAAAUACAAAGAUAUGUUACCAAGGAAACUAUUAUCCAAAUCUUAUAAAAACAGAGGAUUGUUUAUAUAUAAACGUAUAUACACCUGUAGUGCCCGGAAGUGAUAAUUCGCUACCAGUAUUAUUCUGGAUACACGGUGGAGGAUUUAAUUGGGGAUCUGGUACUUUCGACGACUACGGUCCAAAGUAUCUUAUGGGAAAUGGAAUAGUCGUAGUAAGCCCUAAUUAUCGUCUAAAUGCUUUCGGUUUUAUGACGACAGAAGAUGAUGUAAUUCCCGGUAAUUUGGGUAUGAAAGACGUACAACUGGCUUUACGUUGGGUUAAUAAGAAUAUUCAUCUUUUCGGAGGAAAUCCUAAUCAAGUUAUUAUUGCCGGAGAAAGUUGUGGAUCGAUGGGAGUUGGUAUGUUGCUUAUGGGACCAUGGAGUGACGGAAUAGAAUUGUUUCAUGGAGCGAUUAUGGAGAGCAGUUCUCAAUUAGGGGGAGUUUAUCAACUCAACGCUAGACAAAACGCUUUCGAUCUUGGAAGAGUGUUGAAUUCUACAUUUAAUACGGAUGAUUCCAAAGAGUUAUUAGAAGUAUUGCAACGCGCCUCCACCGAAGACGUAUAUAACGCUAAACUCAUCUAUGGUACAGUCACGGAAAAAGAAGGAGACUUUUCGUACCCAGCUCUGCAAGCUUUUAUGGAUAAAAAUUUCAAAAAAAUACCUGUCAUGAUUGGAAUUAAUUCAGAAGAACGGAUAGCUCUUCCUUCGUCUAAAAAUGAGACGUUGCUUCGAGAAUACGACGAUAAUCCUAGUUUACUGGUUUCGUCUAACAUAAACAUGUCACCUGAAGAUAGAGCUACUGCUGGGAAACUUUUGCAUGAAAUAUAUACGGAUAAGACAUUCGUGGAAGAUUUUGGUGCUUACAUUAGAUGGUCUACUGAUAAUGAUUUCACAACCCCAACUGGUAAACAGGUUCAGUUAGGUGCAGACGUUGUACCAUACUAUCUGUAUCAAUUUUCUUACAAAGGUGACUUGGGGGGUAAUAAUUCUCCUGAUCUCUACGUACCAGGUGCUGAAAGAGUAGCUCACAUGGAAGAAUUACAUUAUUAUUGGGUAUUUUUGAAUAACGAUGAUCUCAGUAUAUUUCCAGAGGAAGAUCAAUUAGCGCUUCACCGAAUGGUUAGACUAUGGACGAAUUUUGUUAAAUAUCUUAAUCCGACUCCAGUGGAAGAUCCUUUAUUGAAUAACGUUAUUUGGCCACGAUCCACGCCGGCUAAUUUGGAAUACUUGAAUAUCAACAAUACUUUGGAAGUAAGGCAACAUCUGAGGCAGCAUAUUGAAAUUAGCGAGGUUUUGGAUAAAUAUAUGAAACCACCUUAUAAUGCAUAUGGACAUUAAAUGAAUUUAUGUACACAGUUUCUAA